AAAUGUCCAAUAGUAUAUCGCAAAUAUCACGUCGAGAUAGCGCUGCGAAAUGGGUCUUGUUACGGUGUCUGUCGCCCUUAAUAACAUCCAAACGCGUUGGUUAUCAAUUGAGUCAAUUUUAGUCAACGAGUCCCAACUGUUGACGUGUUUUAGUUAUCUGACUCAUAUUCGUGAUCUGCGCAGAAAUAUCACGCAUUACCCAGCAGCCAUCAUCCAAAAUGUCUGCGCCCAUGUAAAACGUCGCAUCGAAUUUCAAUGUUCCUUUCACAUGAGGUUCAAUAGCUGAUGCCAAACAAAUACGUUUCUUUGACACCUUACCUUUUCCUACGUUUAAACGUGACGUAGUUUGUUUAGAGCCGCGAUUACUGUUCGGCGUUAUUUUUUUUACUUGAAUUCACAUGGGCGAAUUGUACCGAUAAAAUGCCAAAAUAUUGGGAUGAGAGGCCAGAGUUACAGGAUAAAAGACCUUGUGCUGCAGCAAGGGAAGACCUCAAGAUGUGCCUCCUUGCUAGUGAUUGCGUACGAAAGGAGGGGAAGACACCAAGAGAAUGUCUCAAAGAAGGGAGGGUCAAUCAGGAAUGCAAUGCACUCAGAGUGGCAUUUUUUGAAUGCAAGAGAUCUGUGCUUGACAACCGAACUAGGUUCAGAGGACGAAAAGGUGAUUUAAUGUGAUUGUGUUUACUAUGAAGAGGGUCACCUGUGGCGUAUCCUCCGACUUCGACUGCAUGUGUUUGCAUUUAACAGUAAAAUUAAUGUUGAAUCUCAUUUCUUGAUGUCAUCUGCUUAUACAGAGGCCAGCCUAAUAUGCCUUGUAGCAGGAGUUCAGUUUUCCCAAACAACAUUCUCUAAUUAUUUGUCGUAUUUUGGGUGUAUCUGAAUCACUGCUGCAAAAAACAUUUCCAGUUUGUGUAAUUUUUGGAAAAAUGUACACAAUCUAUAGCCAAUAAAUCACAAAGUAACUUUUACUACUGGUAAAUCCAGUACUGUAAUCGUGUACAUGCAUGUCAUAGUUCUAGAUACAAAAUAAAUCAUGAUUGGCUUGUUUCUUUACGAGUACUUUUCUUCAUUUGUCAUUGAUAAAAUAAAGACAACCAAAGCCAGAAUUACCAUAGCAACAGGUAAAUAAUCCUUUAUUAUAUUAUAUCAUAAAUCUCAACAUAAUCCGCCAUGACAGAUUAAUAUUGCACUUGAAAAAUAACAAACUGAUAUCACAAACAAAGAUAAAACAUGGCAUAU